AUGUAUUCCAAGAAAUUUGUGAAGAAGGAUGUGGAAUUUAUUCGAUCUGAUCAUAUUGUUCCAAUUGGGAUAAGUACGAUGGUAAUUUUUCAGUUCAAAAUGGAAAUUUUCAGUUAUGACGUGGCAAAAUUUGAAACAUUUUGCUUCAAAAUCGUGUUGAGAAUGAUCUAGAAAAUUUAUUGAAAUAUGAAGAAUUUAGUAUUUAAAAAUUUGCUCAUUUUUCUAAUUCAGCUCUCAAUUUCAAUUAACUUCUUAUAACUUAUUUGAAAAUUUAAAUACUUAUACUUAUUGAUUUCAAAAUUGAAGUUUCAGCUUUAAAAUCAAUAAGUAGAAGUAUUAAUCCAAUUUUCAAAUAAGUUAUAAGAAAUUAAUUAAAAUUGAAAACUGAAUUUGAAAAAUUAGCUAAUUUUUGAAUAGUAAAUUCUUCAUAUUUCAAUAAAUAUUCUAGAUCAUUCUCAACACAAUUUUGAAGCGAAAUUUUUCAAAUUUUGCCACGUCAUAACUCAAAGUUGAACGAAGUAUCUAUGUAUUUUUCAAUUCCAGAAACGUCUCCGAGAAGAUUCAGUUCAAAUCGGAAGAUCGAAAUUCGUCCGCCUCCAAAUUUGCUCAAAAAUCCAUGAAAAAUCUCUCGAUCUUCUGAAAAACAGAUUGCGACUAAAAUUAGAUGAUGAUUUCUGGAUCGAUAAAGCAAUCACAACAACAUUUCCACGAGAAUUUGCGAAUUCUUUCAAAAUCAAUGAUUUUGUGAUGGUUUGUGGAAAAGCGAGAUUAGAAGAAGAUGGAACACCGUAUUUGAAUGCGUUUUCAGUGAGAAAAGUGAGCAUUUUUUGAAAGUUUCGAGAAAUUUGGGAUUUUUCGAGACCGAAUAUGACAGGUUUCUGGGCUCUGAGAGCUCUAAGAGCAUGUUUGGUCUCAAAAAAUCCCAAAUUCCUAGCUCCCGGAGCUCCUGAAUCCUCCCAUUUUCAGGUCUCACAAAUCGAGCAAAAAUGUUUCGAACAAGAAACCAAACUUUGCUCAGAAUAUUAUUCGGAUUGUGCCGGAACAUCUUAUAUGCCAAAAGUCGCCACCCCGCCGCUUUCUACUGAAUUAAAUCUGGGAGUUUUGGGACUUUCGAGAUUUCCGAUUGGAAUGCUGGAAAAUUGUACUGUGAAGAAGGAGGUAAGGGACAUUUGGGAGGGGAAAAUUGGGCUGAAAUCUCGUGAAAAACAUCAAAAUUUAAUUUCAGGACACCCAAAAAUCAUCGGAAGAUUCAUUCGAAAAAUUUGGUCGAGAACUUGCUGCAACUUCCUCAAAAACCGCUGAAAAAUUGGAUGAAAAUAAUCAAGACGCAGAUGAUAGUUUUGAGAAUUUUGCUAAAAAUAUUAAAUAA